AUCUCAGUUCUUGUUUUUUUCUUGUUCUUUGCCCUGGCCCAUUUUUUUUUCUUUUCUUUCUUUCUUUCUUUUUCUUUCUGAUUAUGCCUCGUUUUAUUUCUGUUGUUACUGGUUUGGCUGUUACUACAGCUGUCACAUAUAAAUUACGUGAUCAUCUUAUACAAGAUCAAAACACUAUUAAGCAUCGUUUAGAAAAUGCAAAGACAAACUUGGAAAGAGCAGUAGCCGAACAAACUUCAUACAACAAACCAUCUUCUUACUUGACAGACUCACAAAAAUACGUUUCUGAUCGCCUUGUUCCUUCAGGUAAUGUCAUUCGGUUGAUAUUUCUGUACUCAUAAAUCUAUAGUCAAGGAUUCUUGGAACACACAAAUCAAGAAUGCAGCACACUCUUUAGUAAAGAUGGAUAUUGGCUCCAAAGCCAAAAAAGUAUGGGAUGAACAAAUCCUUCCAAGCUUAAAAGACAUUACAAACAAAUAAAGGAUUUUAGCUGAUAGAUAAAAUGUCACGAGUUUAU